UAUAGGGAGAUUGGAAUCAAAGUGAAAGUAUUUUCUUAGCUUGUGAGAUUUGCCACCUGGACUGGACUAUAGGGAGAUUGGAAUCAAAUUGUGUGAACCUUUUCCUGUGGAGAGACCACUGUUUCUCAGAACCCCUGUUUUUCUACUAAGGAGAAAGGCCCUAACAUGGCAUUGGUCUUCAGCUUGUCCACUCUCAUGUUUCUCCUCAUCACUGGGAUGGAGACAUCCAAAAUCCUGAAGCAGGUCAUCCAGGUGGACUCUGGGAAGGAUGCAGUGCUUAGAGUGCUCUGUGAACUUCAAUGGGAAAUCUCCUGGAUGCAGCUGAACCCAAAAUAUCAGCUUUCCAUACCACCUGCCAAUGAGAAAGACAAAGUUGUGUCCCUGUUGGUCAAAGAAACCCAGACUGAAGACGAGGGUCCGUAUAGGUGUGUGGUGAACACUGACAGUGGAGUCACAAAUUGUAACUUCAUGCUGAAUGUCACAGUGUUACAGUACGAGACCAGCACUGAAAAGGAGAUUCCAAAGAACAGUUACAAGAGUGUGGCUGCUGUAUGUGUGGCAGUAGGCUCUCUUGCCAUUGGACUGCUGCUUCUCAAGCUGUUUCAAGCCAGAAGACUCAGACAAGGGAGCAAGGGACUGCUGGUCCGAAAGCAGGAGGGAGACACUAUGACCAUCCACUGCAGCACCUCCCUGCCAGACCAAGAAAACCUGAGUGUGUACAUGCGCCUGACAAAAGAGAUUCUAGUCCUCUACUUUCACCAGGCAACAGAAAAAUUAACCCCCCACGAGAGGUUCAAACUCAGAUUGACGACUAACAGAAGACUCAACAAAAUGGACAUCACCAUCACAAACCUGACCAUAGAAGACUCUGGGGCCUUCUGGUGUGUGUACAGUGUUUAUAAGAAAAACAAGAUUGAGACGACUGAGGGGGAAGGAGCUGUUUUGCUGGUGGUGAAUGAUGAGGAGUGUGACCAGAAUGACGCGUCCUCAGGGCUAGGAAUGUCCUGGUAUCUGGUCCUGGUCUCAGCUGUCACUGCUGGCUCUGUGCUUCUCCUGAGUCUGCUCAUCCUCUUCAUCUGGGUCAUCCCCAGGUUAAAGGCAUGGCGUGCAACGAUUAGACCAACACAGGGCAAGAGUAGCGAUGUCUAUGAAGACAUGCGCACCACCAUCAGACGUGCACACCCCCCUCAGAUGGGUUAUUAGUGAUGUUGCAUGGCAGCCAUCUUUACUUUUGGCACCAACCUAAGACAGGUUGCUACGGGUGUUGCACAGCAGCCAUCUUUACUUUGGGCACGACCUUCGGACAGCUUGUUACUGAUGAUGCACGGCAGCCAUCUUUAAUUUGGGUCCAAAUGGAAGCUCAUGUCAGCUGACUAGGAGACAAUUAUGUAAACAUACUGUAAUACAUGAUGUCAACGAAGGACUUGUGUUAAGUAGCAAGGGCUUGCAUCAAUGAUGUACUCUUAUGUCAGUCAUUCAACCUCAAGGUAAGAUACCUAUAUACUGUAGCUACUUAAGUACACAGCAUUGUAUGUGACUGACAUCACACAUUGUAAAUGGUUGUUCAUACAGAGGUUUGUUAUAGUCCUUGACCCUGACGUAGCAGGUAGAAUUUUUUCUUGUAAUUACAACCACAAUUUAACUUGAAAAUAGCACUGAUUGCUGUGCAUGGUAUUUCAUUGUCUUUAGCUGUACAUUCUAUUUUUCUUUAUAGAUUGACAAUAUAUUUUUUAACAACUUUUAAAUGUUGAAUUGAUUCUCUAUUGUAUAUAUUUUUUAACAUAUUUGAUGGCAUUGGGCCUAUGCCUAUUUUUCAGGCGCCAGGCAACUUUUACUUUUAUUUUGCAUUCUUUAGUUCCUGUACUGAUCAUGUUGUUCCUGUAAUGAUAGGCUAUUUUUUAUAAUAAAUGAGUCAUAAGACUAACA